ACUGAACACAGAGGGCACAGAUUGGUCUACACGUUCCUCAACUACCCUAUCCCUGUAUUUAGCUUCUCCCUACCACUGAAACACUCUUCAUUCAUCUGUUCCACCGCUCACCAGGAUCAGCUACCAUGGAGAACGUGGCAAUAUUUGACUCACCUGGAAAGGGGAGGGGUCUGAAGGCUACCAAGGAGUUUUGGGCAGGAGAUGUAAUUUUUUCUGAGCCCAGUCUCUCAGCUGUUGUGUUUGACAGUCUAGCAGAGCGUAUUUGCCACAGCUGUUUCCGCAGACAAGAGAAGCUACAGAGGUGCGGCCAGUGCAAAUUUGCUCAUUAUUGUGACCGAACCUGCCAGCGGGCCGGCUGGGCUGAACACAAGCAAGAAUGUGCUGCCAUCAAAACUUAUGGCAAAGUACCAAACGAGAACAUCCGUUUGGUGGCCCGCAUCAUGUGGCGUCUUGACAAGGAGGGGGGUGUGGUGUCUGACACACAGCUGACCACAUUGGAGGAACUGGAGGACCACAUUGCUGACAUGCAAGAGGAUGAGCUGAAGGAGUUCAAAGUGGACAUCCACAACUUCCUGGACUAUUGGCCACGUAACAGCAAGCAGCACACAAUUGACAUCAUCUCACAUAUGUUUGGAGUGGUUAACUGUAACGGUUUCACUGUGAGCGACCAGAGGGGCCUUCAGGCAGUAGGAGUUGGGCUUUUCCCAAAUUUGUGUCUAGUGAAUCAUGACUGCUGGCCAAACUGCACGGUGAUCCUCAACCAUGGAAAUCAAUCGGCUGUGAAUACUAUGUUUCAUUCUCAACGGAGGAUUGAGCUGCGUUCUCUAGGCAAGAUCGAAGAGGGAGAGGAGCUGACUGUCGCAUAUGUGGACUUCUUGAAUUUGUCAGAAGAGAGACGAAGACUGCUGAAAACACAGUACUUCUUUGACUGCACAUGCGAGCACUGCAAGAACGGCAUCAAAGAUGACUUGAAGUUGGGGGGAAAGGAAGAAGAAGGAGUCAAGCCUUCAGAGGAGCAGGUGAAAGAGGCAACAGAUUAUUGCUUUCAAAUGCUGGAGAAGAUGGACAAGGCCCGGUUAAAUGGUGACUACCACGAGGUGGUAAAAAUCUGUAAGGAGUGCAUAGAGAAAACAGAGCCGAUUCUGGCUGACACACACAUCUACCUUCUGAGGAUGUGGAGCACAUUAAGUGAGGUGCAAGCUUACCUGCAGUACUUUAAUGAUGCUGCAGACUACGCCCGCAAAAUGGUGGAUGGAUACGUGAAACUGUACCACCCAAACAAUGCUGUUCUCGGUAUGGCUGCUAUGCGAGCAGGAGUGACACACUGGCAAGCUGGGCUGAUAGAAGUUGGCCACGGGAUGGUCUGCAAGGCCUAUGCCAUUCUCAUGGUCACCCAUGGCCCAACACAUCCCAUCACCAAAGACCUGGAGGCGAUGCGUAUGCAGACAGAGAUGGAGCUGAGGAUGUUCAAGCAGAACGAGUAUGUUUACCACAGUAUGAGAGAGGCUGCUCUAAAGAACAGACCAAUGACCAUGAUGCAUGAACCCGGGUCUGUGGAGGAGGGAAUCAAGAAUCUCUUCCACCGGAGGAAGUAAUCACAGGACUGCAGUCAUUCAACGAUCAAUAAAGUCAGAGUUCACUGAUCUUAUUGUUUACUGUACUGUACUGUGUGUUGGUGUUAGUCUACUCAUUUAGUCACGUGAUCUUUCUUUUACACUUUUCCUUAAAAAAAAUAAAUAAAAAUAGAUGUCACAUUGAACUUAGGCAUUUUGUUUUCAAUAAACCUAGUGGAACUACAGAAAUGUCAUGAAGUUAAAGAAAAAAAAACAUUUUUAAAACAUGCAGUGCAAGCACUUGUACACCCGUUGCUCUUUGUGCCAUCAAUACUUCAGUUGUGCUGUCAGGUAAAACAUGAUUUUCAAUAAAAUUCACUUUAACGUUAA